AUGGCCAUCGACUGGGCCUUCCUCACGCACAAUCCGCCUCCCCCCACCCCCCCUCCGCUUGCCCCCCUGACCCCCCCGCUUUUCUCUCCCCCCCCAGCGGGCACCACGUACAUUUUCGGCAAGGGGGGGGCCCUGAUCACCUACACGUGGCCCCCCAAUGACCGGCCCAGCACCCGCGCCGACCGCCUGGCCCUGGGCUUCAGCACCCGGCAGCGCGACGCGGUGCUGCUGCGCGUGGAGAGCGCCGCCGGGCUCGGCGACUUCCUGCAGCUCCACAUUGUGCAGGGGGCUGUGGGGGUCCUGUUCAACGUGGGCACCGAGGACAUCGCGCUGGAGGAGCGGGGGGCGGCCGUCAGCGAUGGGCGCUUCCACGUCGUCCGCUUCACGCGCAGCGGCGGCAACGCCACGCUCCAGGUGGACGGCGGCCCCCUGCACGAGCGCUACCCGCCAGGCAGCGGGGACAGCGAGCGGCUGGCGCUGGCGCGGCAGCGCAUCCCCUUCCGCCUGGGGCGGGUGGUCGAUGAGUGGCUGCUCGACAAAGGCCGGCAGCUGACCAUCUUCAACAGCCAGGCGUGCGUGCGGGUGGGGGGCCGGGACCGCGGCCGCCCCUUCCAGGGGCAGCUCUCGGGGCUCUACUACAACGGGCUGAAGCUGCUGGCGCUGGCGGCCGAGGGACACCCCCGCGUGCGGCUCGAGGGGGACCUGCGGCUCGUGGGGGACCCCCCGCCGCCCCCCGCGCCCCCCGGCGCCACCCCCGCGCCCCCCGACAUGGCCACCACCAUCAUGGAGACCACCACCACCAUGGCCACGACCACCACCCGCCGCGGGCGCUCGCCCACCCUGCGCGACACCGUCGCCCAGAACACGGACGAUCUGCUGGUGGCCUCGGCCGAGUGUCCGAGCGAUGACGAGGACCUGGAGGAGUGUGAGCCGGGCACAGGCGGGGAGCUGGUGCUGCCGGCGUCCCCGGGCCCCCCCGCGCCCCCCGCCGCCCCCCGCGCCCCCCCGGGCUGCGGCCCCGACUGCGACGAGCCCUCGGGCUUCGCCUCGGGGGAGGCGGCGGACCCCGACCCCGACCCCGGCCACGCUCCCGGCCCCGAGCAGCCGCCGGCCGACGACGAGGACUUCGCGGGGCUGGGGGGCGGGGGGAGCCCCGAGGCCGCCGCCCCCCCGGCGGCCACGGCCGCGCCCCGCGGCGCCGGGACCGAGCCCACGGUGGCGGGCGCGGCUCCGCCCGGGCUGGUGCCCGCGGGCGAGCGGCACCCGCGGGAGGGCGCGGGCGGGGGGCGGCGCGGGGGGGGCUCGGCGCCUCCCGUGACCCGACGCCCCCCCGUGCCCCCCACAGCCGCGCCCGGAGCGGUGGAGGUGGUGCGGGAGGCGGGCGGCACCACCGGCAUGGUGGUGGGCAUCGUGGCGGCCGCCGCGCUCUGCAUCCUCAUCCUCCUCUACGCCAUGUACAAGUACCGCAACCGCGACGAGGGCUCCUACCAGGUGGACCAGAGCCGCCACUACAUCGGGGCCGCCCCCGCCGCGCCCGGGGGGGGCCCCGGGAGGGGCUCCCGGUGCCGCGUCCCCGACCCCGCCCGCCGGGACCCCCAAGGAGAAGGCGGCGGCCGCGCCCCCCAAAGCGCCGGGCAAAGCGCGGCGCAACAAGGACAAGGAGUAUUACGUGUGAGGGGGGGGUCUCCACGCGUGUCCCCCUGACCCCCCCCCCCCCGCUCCGCCCCGCCGCCACCCCCGGGGGGAUGUCACCUGCCCGCCCCCCCGACCCCGCCGCAGCGGGGGCGCCUCUGUGGUCUCUCUGUGUGUGUGUCCCCCCGCCCCGACCCGCCGCCGGGGAACCGGGGGGCGGCUCGCGGAGGGGGGGCGCGGGGGGGGCGCGCGGGACCCCCCCAGCGUGGGGUGCGGGACCCCUCCUCUCCCGAGAGGGGCGCGGGAUUCCCCCCACCCACCAAACCGCUCCCCUUCCCAACCUCGGAUCGGUUUUUUACCGCCCCCCCUCGCCCCCCCUCCCCGAGUAUUUCUUUGGGUUUAUUUUUUAAUUUCGAGAGCCCCGAUUGGCGUCGGGACCCCCCCCCGGGGUCCUGCCGGGACCCCCCCAAAAGCCGCCCCGAAUCCCUCCGAGCCCCCCCGGGCCGCCCCCCCGCCGCGCACAGAGGAAUACACGGUUCUAUACUUCGUA